GGGGACACCGGGGGGCUCCGGGGGCUCCCUCCGGGCCCUGCCCGGCCCCAGCCCCGUGCCCCCGGCGGCACCGCGCCCCCCCCGGCCCUCCUCGGGCCCGUCCGGUACCGGGGGGCCGAACCCGCCGGGAACCCCCCCGGGGAGCCCGGACCGGGGCCGUUGCUCGGGGCCCGGGGACCGCCGCUCCCCGUCAUGAAUAUUCAGCGCUGCGCGGCCCGGCCCCGCCGCCUGCCCGGCGGGAGGGGUUUGGGCGCGGGUUCACCUUGACUCGCGGCGGGGCAGCGGCAGGUGCGGGCCCUGCCCGGUGCCCGGUGCCCGGUACCCGGUGUGCCCGGUGCCCGGUGUGCCUGGCCCACGGCGGGGCGGGAGGCGCAGGCGCCCCGCGGCCAUGGCCGAGAGCCACAGCUGGUGGAAGCUGACCUUCCUGCGGAAGCGCAAGUCCAUGCCCCAGGUGCUCUACGACAGCCCCGACGUCCACGCCGGCGACGGCCCCGAGGGUAACGGCGAGGGGGGGACGCCCGAGUACACCGCCCGCCUGGAGAAGAUCGUGGACAAGAGCAGCAAAGGCAAGCACGUGAAGGUCUCCAACUCCGGGCGCUUCAAGGAGAAGAAGAAGGUGCGGGCGACGCUGGCCGACAACCCCGGCCUCUGCACGGGCAGCGAGCGGGAGGAGAAAUGAGGCCAGGAGGGGGCACGGUCCCGCUGGGUCGUGGCCCCCCUGCCCCCUGCAGCCCCCCGUCCUGCUGGGCUCGGGGCCGGUGACACGAUGGAGGGGGGGGGCUCGCUGUGGGGCUGGCCGGACCCCCCCCAGCACCUCGGCAGGAGAAGUGACUCGGGUUGGACUUUAUUGAAGCAGGAAGCCACGAGCAUGGGGGAGCUGCGGGAGCCCCGGCCCCCGCGGUGACACCGGGCAGAGCCCUGGGGCUGCCCCCACCCCGCGCUCCGGCUGCCACCAGGCCCGCUGCUCCGAUCUGGAUCCAGCCCUGGGCCCGCAGGACGGAGCAAACCCUCAGGGAGCGGCUCCCGUGGGGAACCUGGGGGGGCUGCGCUGUCCCCGCGCUGUCCCCGCCGUGUGCUGCCCACCCCAGGACCUGCUCUUUGCUCCCGGAAGGGGAGAGCCGCGCACAGCCGGUGGCCGGGCCGCCCUCGCAGCCCCUCCGCGUGUUUGUUUCUUUCCUUCCCUCCCCUGGGAGCUGCGCCCUGGGUGAGCUCUCGCUGCUGUUCCGUGUCAAUAAAGCCGGGCUGGGAACAAAGGCA